CUUACCCAAGAGCGGGGGAAUUGAGAGAGGGCUGGACCCAGGAGCUUAGCAGUAUCUCUGGAGCUUGGAUUGACCGAAACUCUAGCUUCCCGUCACCCCCCACCAUAACUCCCACCCCCUCUGGGAAGGGAAAUUACAUUUCCCCAUUUUAGCAAGGGGUGGUGAGGAGGGAAGACUGAGUGAAUACAAAGCUGAAAGUACAAGCAGGACGGAAAGUGAAACUGGGUGCAGCCCCCAGUAUAAGACCCCCCCGACCCAGGAGAUGGCUGGCCAAAGAGGCUGGGCCCCGACAUGGGCCAGACGGCAGGCGAUCUUGGCUGGCGGCUCAGCCUAUUGCUGCUGUCUUUGCUCCUGGUGCAUGCUGGUGUCUGGGGAUUCCCAAGGUCCCCUCUGAGCCUGCAGGAGCUGCAGAGGGAGUUCACGGUCAGCCUGCACCUUGCCAGGAAGCUGCUUUCUGAGGUUCAAAGCCAUGCCCACCUCUUUGCUCAAUCUCACCUUCCAGGAGUGAACCUGGACCUCCUGCCCCUGGGAGAGCAGCUUCCCAAUGUCUCCCUGACCUUCCAGGCCUGGCGCAGCCUCUCCGACCCAGAACGACUCUGCUUCCUCUCCACGGUGCUUGGGCCCUUCCAUACCCUGCUAGGGGCACUGGGGAGCCAAGGAGGCUGGACCAGCUCAGAAAGGAUGCGUCUAUGGGCUAUACAGCUGGACCUCCGGGACCUGCAACGGCAUCUCCGGUUCCAGGUGCUGGCUGCAGGAUUCAAUGUCCCUGAGGAGGAGGAGGAGGAGGAAAGGAAGGGGCUGCUCCCAGAGGCUCCAGGCAGCCCCCUACAGGUGCCAGCCCAGGUGUCCUGGCCCCGGCUGCUCUACACCUAUCAGCUGCUGCGCUCCUUGGAGCUUGUCUUAUCUCGGACUGUGCGGGACUUGCUGCUGCUGUCCAAGGCCAGGCACCUCGCUGAGGCCUUGCGCUUCCCAACACCUGGCCCCCAGCCCUGAAGGAGGGACUUCUUA